AUGUCUUCGCCAGAGGCAUCAGACACCGAAGCAGCUUCCAGCACGCUCUCCAUAGGCGGGGAAGAGCAAUCCACCUCAACGUCCAUCCCCUCCACUUCCUCCUCUCCAAUUCUCCCAUCUGCAACCUCUUCGGAUCUUCCUCCCAGUCCGACCUCAAAGACUGCACAAUUGUCCCCUUCGGAGCGCUCGAGUGCUGCUUCCAAUUUGAAGGAUGAGGGGAAUCAACUCUUCUUGAAACAUGAUUACGAAGGUGCGAAGGUGGCCUUUGGCAAAGCUAUCGCUUUGGAUCCCAGUGUGCCUCAGUUCUGGAGCAACAGAGCCGCCUGCGAGCUCAAGUUGGAGCAGCACGGCUUGGCCAUCGAGGAUGCAAAGGGAAGUGAGGCAAUGAGCAUCUUUGGCAUCUUGGGUCCAGCCAAAGCCAUUUGUUUGGACGCAUCUUUUGCCAAAGCCUACUACCGCAGAGCUUCAGCAUUUCUCUCGAUCCUCGAUCCGAAAUCAGCCUUGCCAGACUUGCGCAGGGUAGCCCAGUUGGAGCCCAACAACAAGACGAUCAGAGGUCAGGUGGACGCGACGACGAAAUUGCUGCGUAGACAACAGUUCGAGAAGGCAAUCGUGAAGCAGGAUGGACCAAAAGCUUGGCAGAGAGCCUUGGAGACGCUUAGAGAAAAUCUACCUACCGUGCACGUGGAAGAGGGCUACGAGGGUCCCAAAUUGAAGGAGGGACCACUCGCAAAAGAGGGUGACGAUCCGAACGCUGUAGGACCUUUCCUCGGUGCUAUCGAUCAGGAUUUCAUCGACAAGAUGAUAGAGUGGUUCAAAGAUGGAAAACGGUUGCCCAUGCGGUAUGCUUGGCAGAUCAUGCUUGGCGCUCAGCGAGAAUUUUUAAAGGAAGGGACGAUCGUGGACUACACAGUCCCCGAAGGACAAACAAUCGACGUCAUCGGCGAUACCCACGGACAGUACUAUGAUCUUCUGAAUCUCCUCUCGAAGACUGGAAGGCCAUCGAAUACCCACGCCCUCUUGUUCAAUGGCGAUGCUGUCGAUCGAGGCUCUUGGAGCUGCGAAGUUGUGCUCACAAUUUUAGCUUACAAGUGGCUCUAUCCCAAGACUUGUUUCUUCAACCGAGGCAACCACGAGACUCACGAUAUGAACACUGUCUAUGGGUUUGAGGCGGAAUGCAAGGCGAAGUUCAACGAGAUGACAUACAAAGUCUUUACCGACGUUUUCGUGUCAUUGCCGCUAGCCACCUUGAUCACCGCCAGUAAGCCCGCCGUUCCGGAGUCGGAGCUGCCAUCUGGCUGUUCCAAAGCGCAGCGAGAACCUAUUCUCUUCGAUGGAGAUAUCAAGCGCUUCUUUGUGGUUCACGGAGGUCUUUUUGCUCAAGACGGCGUUACGCUGGACAACAUUAGAGCUGUGAACAGGUUCGCUGCUGGCGGACAACCGCCCAAUUCGGGCAUCAUGCACGACAUGCUCUGGGCCGACCCUUGUGCUGCCAAUGGCAGAGCGCCAUCCAAGAGAGGCGUUGGGUAUGGAUUUGGACCGGACAUCAGCAAGGCUUGGUGCACACUGAACAAAAUUACCGCGGUGUUCAGAAGUCACGAAGUCAGGCAAGCGGGGUACGAUGAGGUGAGUCUGGUGCGAAGCUGA